CUUUAAGUUUCACAAUGAUUUGUCUACAAAGUUUUAAGUCCACUUCCUCCAGAUAAACGUCAUUAUGUUUAAAUAAUAUCAAAAUGAUUGUGGAGUUUUGCGAUUCAUAAAUCGGUUUUAUUUGCUUUGAUAUUUUAAGACAAGGAAAGCCAGUACGUAGAAGAAUAAUGUUGGCGUCUGUUUUUGUUGUUUCUUUGCUGGCCACUGGAACAACAUUAGUUUCCAGCUUGAAUUUCACUUUAUCGAAGGCGCGAGUUAUAGCAGGAACUACAGGGAAACUGUCCAUGACUUGUCAAGUUACAGAAUAUGAUGUUGAGUUAUUCUAUAACUUACAGAUACGACGAGAAACAAAUACCGGAUGGCAGACAAUAGCACAUGCCGAAGCAGUUGGUACUGGAGUGCCAGCUUUACAUAAAGACAUUGUUAAUGACAAGGAUUUUUUUGUGUGUGGUAUUCUGGAUAAAGAUAACCCACUUAACUCAAACUUAACUGUAGAAAUGAAUAUUGAGAAGAUGACUUACGAUGAUGCCAGAGUAUAUACAUGUGAAAUGACAUAUAAAAGCAACGACUCUGGGACUACUGUCUUUGAAAACAUAAAUGCCACUCUUUUAAUUGAGGAAGCCGACAAUAAAACAGAAGGACAAGCAGACAACAAACCGCAAAGUUUCAAAUGUGACAAUGGAAGCUCAUCGGCGACUAUCGGUGCAGUUUUAGGAGUGACAAAUAUCUUGACAGUAGUGUAUGCAGCUUAUUUAACAGUGGUUAUAAGAAGGUCACGAACAAGGUCGUUUGACGAUGGAAACUUAUGCCACAGAAGACGUGAACCUGAACCUACAGCGACUGUUGCCAAACAGGGUCUGGCUGUUGAUAAACAAACGUACUCUGUAAACGACGAUGAAGACACUUAUGAUUUAUCAUAAUAAGCUUGCGCUAAGAACGUGCUAAACGGAGGUCGUCAUCAAACUUUUCACAUAGAUAUCCAAACCUUGUUUACUUUUCCUUGAUGAACGCAAUUGUUCAGAAAUAACUUACUAUAACUAGAGCAAAAUAGAUUCAAACGUCUGGAAUAUAAUUCCCGGAAGAUCUGGCCACCAGUUCAAUUUCUAUCUAAAUACUUUUUGUUAAAGAUGGUAUCUAGUACACCAUGAGUUGUGCGGAAAUAGAUACUUCAUGUGUGAAGAAGAUGUAAUAACUACGGGAGACUGCAUUCAGUGGUUAAUCAUAAACCACAUUUAAAGGAUUAUAUUUACAAAGGUCGGAAGAUAUACUGCUGCUGAGAUCUAAAAUAAUCGAACAAAAACAUCUACAUGCAAGGCAUAUUUUUGCACUCUCGAUAAUGUGUUUGAACAAUACCAGCAUCGUGUUAAGAUCGCCCGUGAACUUCGAAAACCUUAUCCAAAAUAUUAUACUACUUUAUUUGCUAUAAAACUAACUGGCGGUGAAACGAGGAAGCACCAUUUUGAGCCAAACAUAAUGAUCAAAUUAGCACAUAAGCCUGGUUAAUUCAGUAUUAGUGAGUAUUUAAACAUUUGUUGUGAAAUGCAGACUUAAGAUCCUGAUGAAUACGGUUGAAGUUCUAUUAAAUUGUCAUAUAUCAACGAUAGGAUUAUCUAGCAAUUAACGUUAAAGUUAUCUGAAAUGCUCAUAUUUUAUCAUGAUUUUAUUUCUGCCUACGCAUAUCUUUUUGUCGUUAAUGCAGAUGUAGCUAAUUAAGUGAUGUAUAUUAUUACUUCUGCUUAGUACACAUUUUAUCCUGUUAUCAUACAUUUGUAAUGUAUAUGUUUAAUAUGUAGAAAGGCGAUUUCAGGUUCAGCCGAUGUAGUAAUUGUCACUUGUUUGAACCGACUGAAACAUUGUUUUUACUUUACUUCACAUAGAUGUGUAUUGAAAUAUGUAUUUCAUAUAUCCUAUAUAUUUCUAUUCCAACUUUCGAUUUACAGUGUCCUUCUGUAGAAUUUUUUCAAACAUAUACUGCUCGUAAAUAAUGAGCAAAUACAGUUGAAACUUGAUAUCUCGAGCUAGCUUAUCUAAAAGUUACGGCUAUCUUGCAGACAUUUUCACAUCCCGUCCCAGAAAUACGUGCACAAAAUAUCAUUCUGAGUCGAAUUUCGGUUAUCUCGAAGUAAUACGCUCGAAUCGAGAAAUUCCGAGAAUACAAGUUUCAAAUGUUUGUGGUUUCUUUCCCAUGGUUUUAAAACUAAAGUAAGUGGAUAUUUUUUCACAGAAUCAUUAUCUUAUAUCAUUUAAAGGCUCAUAAUACCUUUGUUUAAAAUGUGGCUGCCACAUUGUCCGUUAUGAACAUAAAAUGCAUUAAUGUUUCUGUUAAAUCCUAUUUCUGAUUGUAUCAUUCUGUCAUUCUGUCACAUUUGUCAAAGGUUUGAAUAUUGCUGAAUAUACAAGAAUGUUUUACUGAAUCUAUUGUUUCUAUUACCUCCCUUUAUGACUCGAAUUGUAACAGUUCAUGUGCAAUAUUAAAGGUAGUGCUUCUCUAAUUAUGUUAGUACAUAACAUUUAUUUGGAAAGCUGUUUCAUCUGUUUUUAAGAUAAAAAUUUAAAGCAUUAUGAACCUUUAAGCUUUCCUCUAAUAAAACUGAAAUUUUCUUUAGGAAUCGUAUAUUAUACAGACCAUGUACAGUCGAAUUAUAGAUAAACUAAGGGCUAAAUUUAUAUUUUAACUCAUUAGUUGCUGUACAAAUGUCUUUAUAAUCAAACACCUUACAAAUGGAAGUCAAAAUGUUAACGUCGACAAUAUUUUUCAAUAAAGUACUCAUUCUGUUCAUAUCUAA